UAUUGCUAGGUAUGGUAGUGGCAAUGGGUGAAUUGUACUCCGACGAUAGUCUUGACUUUGGGGUGGAUAGUUCAGAAGAUACAGAGGAUGCUAGUGAAACAGAUCAAAUCAAGACAGAAGACAGUGCUAACAUAGAGACAGAGCGGUGUAACGCAGUUCACGAGAAGGUUCAUAAUUUGAGGGACCUACUGAGACAGCUGCAAAGUGGAACUCUGCCGGGAUACCUAUCAAAGCUGGCUAAAAUAGAGCAACUCUAUGAGGAACGAAUGCACCGAUGUCAAGUUGAAAAAGAGUUGGAUCUUCAAAUGGCAGAAGACAAGUUCAUCGCUGAGAAUCAGCGAUUGAGGGAAGAAUAUGAGGCAAAGAAAUUGAACCUGAAAGACAAUCUGUUAGCAAGCUUGGAAGAAAAGAAGAAACAGAUAGAGACAGAACACAGUGUGGUAGAGCUGACUGGAGCUCCUUUAGAUAGUUUAGAUAACAGACCAUCUUUUACAAGGAAACUGAGACGCCGACAAAAUGAUCCCGAAAAAGAAGAUAACAAGCAGAACAAGCCCCCGUCCCCCGUUAUCUCGUACUCUUUAACCGAGCAGGAAAUAGAGGAGGACCUCCUACAGGUGCUGCCGCCCCACAAAGCAGAUAAGAUCCGAGAGAAAAGAGCAAUACAGACCAGCUUUAGUGAGGACACCGAGAGAGACAGGACUGUUAAUGACAUUAAGAUUGAGGACGGAAGAUUGUAUUACGACAAGAAAUGGUACGGGAGGUACCAGAACGUGUUUGUGGAAUGUAGAGAAUUUGGCAAAAUACCAGCAGUCAUCCAGUCCAUUUGUAUGAGUGACAUAGUAGUAAAGAAAGUUACAGAUCUAUCAAAAAUAAAGAUCACAAUACCACAACUGCAGAAAGGAAAGUUCACACUCAAAAGGAGAUGUUGAUAGCGAUGUGAAGUUGUUAAGUCAACUAAGUCAGUAAUUUGAGUCACGUGGGUUAUUGAGAGGCUAACUCAGGCUAAGUAAGACCAAAGUGGCACUUUGAAAGUUGUAGUCCCAAGUCCAAGGGUAAGAGCCGGCAGAAAUCAGAAUGGACUACAGAUUACUUAUUACCAAACUCUGAUGGACAAACAUUGUCAUUGACCUUCUUAUUUAAAGUUCAGGCCCUGUUACCUGAAUGAAUGUAUGAAAUGCUGAGUACGAAGUUAUUUAUAUUAUAUAACUUAACUGGUAAUAUUCUAAAUGUAACGAAUAAUUACGUUACCCCGGUUACACAACAUCACUGAUCAUAAUAUCAGAAUCCUGGAUGAAAUAUGUUUUUAUUGAGCUAUGACUUUUAUGCUGUAUAAUUUUAUUAUUAUUUUGAAAGUUCAUUAUACGUCUGAUCUCUUUCACUUCCCAAACAUGGGAAUGAAAGUAUUUAAUAUUUAUCUAUAAUUUUUAUUGUGAAUUUACAAUAUUUUAA